GAAAAAAGAUCGGCCUUGACCGCGGGGCCCUCUCUCUAACGGAUCCACCCGUUCCUUCCUUGGCCGUUGGUCUCUUCUGCGCGCGCGCGCGCCCUUCCUUCCACCCGCCCGCCACCUGCUCGACGAAUCGCCCCCAGCAAUUUCCGGCAGCGAUGCAGCAGCCCCUCGCCGCGCUGCUAGCCCUGCCCGCCUCCCCGGCUCCGCGCCCGCGCCUCGGGCCCUCCCGCCGCCCGCGCCCGGCCGUGGUCAGGGCGGCUGCGCUCCGGGCCCUGCCGCGGCGCCUCGGGCUCUGGCCGCCGCGCCUCGCGGCGGUCGAGAGCACGCCGCCGGCGCCGGCGCCGGACGCGCAGAGCGCUGGCUCAGGCUUGGAUGCGGGAGUCGGGGGAGGUGACGGUGGUGGCGACGGAGGCGGGGGUGCUGAUCUCGGGUGGUUGAGGGUGUUCCCGCACGUGCUCACCGCGUCCAUGGCCAACUUCCUCUUCGGCUACCAUAUUGGGGUCAUGAAUGGUCCAAUAGAGGAUAUUGCAAGAGAGCUUGGUUUUCAAGGAAAUCCCUUUCUCCAAGGUCUUGUAGUCAGCAUAUUCAUUGUUGGUGCCUUUUUUGGGAGCUUAGGCUCAUCUGCAUUAGUUGAUUAUUUUGGUUGCAAAAGGACCCUUCAGAUCGAUAGUAUUCCAUUGAUUAUCGGGGCCCUCGUGAGCGCGCAGGCAGAUUCUUUGGAUGAGAUGCUGUUGGGAAGAUUCCUUGUUGGCAUUGGAAUUGGUGUAAAUACUGUUCUUGUUCCGCUAUAUAUAUCUGAGGUUGCCCCAACAAAAUAUAGGGGUUCUUUGGGGACCCUAUGUCAAAUUGGAACGUGUUUAGGAAUAAUUGCUGCACUUUCCUUGGGGAUACCUUCUGAAAGUGAUCCACAUUGGUGGCGAACAAUGCUUUAUGCUGCAUGUGUACCUGGUGUUCUUAUUGUUGUUGGGAUGCAAUUUGCUGUUGAGAGUCCGCGCUGGCUUGCCAAGGUUGGAAGGUUUGACGAUGCCAGAAAAGUUGUAGAGAGCCUUUGGGGACCUUCCGACGUUGAGAAGUCCAUGGAAAAGAUCAAAGCUGUUGUUGUAAGUGAUGAUGAUUCACAGGCCAGCUGGUCAGAACUUCUGGUGGAACCCCACAAUAGAGUUGCAUUGAUUGGAGGGUCCCUUUUCUUUCUGCAACAGUUUGCUGGAAUAAAUGGUGUUCUUUAUUUUUCAUCAUUAACAUUCCGUGAUGUUGGUAUUACAAGUGGUGCUUUAGCAAGCUUAUAUGUUGGAAUAACCAACUUUGGAGGGGCAAUUGUUGCUUCAAAUUUGAUGGAUAAGCAAGGGCGAAAGAAACUUUUGAUAGGAAGCUAUCUUGGAAUGGCAUUUGCAAUGUUCCUUAUAGUAUAUGGUAUCAGCUUCCCGCUUGAUGAAGGAGUGGCCCACGGCCUGUCAAUUACUGGAAUUCUUUUGUACAUUUUUACUUUUUCCCUUGGUGCUGGGCCAGUUACAGGUAUCAUUAUACCAGAGCUGAGCAGUGCUCGGACACGGUCAAAAGUUAUGGGCUUCAGCUUUACUGUACAUUGGAUAUGUAAUUUCCUGGUGGGACUGUAUUUUCUGGAGCUUGUGAAGAAGUUUGGGGUUGGAGCAGUCUAUGCAGGUUUCGGCGGGGUCUCCUUGUUGACAGCACUUUUCGCCUACAACUUCAUAGUUGAAACAAGAGGACGUUCUCUUGAGGAAAUUGAGAUGUCUUUGAGCCCUGCUACCCCUGGCAAGCGAGAAUAAAACACGUUCUUCCAUUCAGUUGCAGCUGAACUGAAACUUUCAACUUCCUUGAGGAAUUUAGAGCAGAGGAGUAUGCUCAUUCAAUUAAAUGCGUUUUGCUAUAUAAUGACCUAACCUGCAUCUGAGUAGGUACAUGCUGUGGGAUAGCGGAUAUCUAGAAGCAUUUUCCACCUCUUCAGCAGCACCAAUUUGUUGCGAACUUCACAGCUGUACCCAUGUAUAUAAUGAACCACAUCGUUAAAGAAAAGACUCCAGCUUAUAGUUGCACGAGCAAUUGAUGUACUAUGUAAGUAAAGGGUAGAUUGUAUGUUUCUACGCCUUUUGUGCUAUGUAAAUAAAGGGAAACAAGGUGUACCCAUUUUUUUUAAAAAAAAACAGGGUGUACCCAGGA